GCGAUGGAUUUGAAAUUGACGGAAAGUGUUUAUUUGAGUUCAUCGUUUUCUGAAAAUGAGGCGAUAAAUUUUCAUCUGGCUUCUCUUCCUAUAAAUGUUACUGCUUCAUCCAGUACCGUUCCACAAUCUAUAUCGGCUAUACAGAAACCGUGCUCUGUAAAGUGUACAGCGAGUAAAAGGCGUCGUCUUCUUGGGGAACAAGAUAGAAUUUCUGCCUUAAUGUCAUUAAAUGAAUUAGAGGAGGAUUGUAAAUCAGAAGCUCAUCGAAUUUCAAGUAAAACUCGACUAAGUCGACUGACAUAUUCUCGUGGUUCAAGUGACAGUAAAUUGCAUCCGGAGACUGUUGAUUCUAUUUUACCGUCAAUCAAACCAGUUAGCAUAGUCAUCGCAGAUUGUUUCCUUGAAUCGGAAGAAGAUGAUAAUGUUGAUUCCAUGCACUUAGUGAAGAAGUGUCGAAAAAGUAGUGUUGUUUUAGAUGAAGUGAAGAAUGAUUCGAGUGAUAACAGCGAGACGUUAGAGCCACCAGUAUCUUCUCUUCAGGCAUUGUCACCGAUCCCUUACCGUUAUGAAGAUGAUGUUGUGAUUCCAGAAGUUGUUGCCUCAGAUGGAGCAAAACAUGCUUCGAGUGAUGGUAUGGUGAUGUUGAAGCCACCAGUGUCUUCUCUUCAGGCAUUGUCACCGAUCCCUUACCGUUAUGAAGAUGAUGUUGGGAUGCCAGAAGGUGUUGUUUUAGAUGAAGUGAAGAAUGAUUCGAGUGAUAACAGCGAGACGUUAGAGCCACCAGUAUCUUCUCUUCAGGCAUUGUCACCGAUCCCUUACCGUUAUGAAGAUGAUGUUGUGAUUCCAGAAGUUGUUGCCUCAGAUGGAGCAAAACAUGCUUCGAGUGAUGGUAUGGUGAUGUUGAAGCCACCAGUGUCUUCUCUUCAGGCAUUGUCACCGAUCCCUUACCGUUAUGAAGAUGAUGUUGGGAUGCCAGAAGGUGUUGUUUUAGAUGAAGUGAAGAAUGAUUCGAGUGAUAACAGCGAGACGUUAGAGCCACCAGUAUCUUCUCUUCAGGCAUUGUCACCGAUCCCUUACCGUUAUGAAGAUGAUGUUGUGAUUCCAGAAGUUGUUGCCUCAGAUGGAGCAAAACAUGCUUCGAGUGAUGGUAUGGUGAUGUUGAAGCCACCAGUGUCUUCUCUUCAGGCAUUGUCACCGAUCCCUUACCGUUAUGAAGAUGAUGUUGGGAUGCCAGAAGGUGUUGUUUUAGAUGAAGUGAAGAAUGAUUCGAGUGAUAACAGCGAGACGUUAGAGCCACCAGUAUCUUCUCUUCAGGCAUUGUCACCGAUCCCUUACCGUUAUGAAGAUGAUGUUGUGAUUCCAGAAGUUGUUGCCUCAGAUGGAGCAAAACAUGCUUCGAGUGAUGGUAUGGUGAUGUUGAAGCCACCAGUGUCUUCUCUUCAGGCAUUGUCACCGAUCCCUUACCGUUAUGAAGAUGAUGUUGGGAUGCCAGAAGGUGUUGUUUUAGAUGAAGUGAAGAAUGAUUCGAGUGAUAACAGCGAGACGUUAGAGCCACCAGUAUCUUCUCUUCAGGCAUUGUCACCGAUCCCUUACCGUUAUGAAGAUGAUGUUGUGAUUCCAGAAGUUGUUGCCUCAGAUGGAGCAAAACAUGCUUCGAGUGAUGGUAUGGUGAUGUUGAAGCCACCAGUGUCUUCUCUUCAGGCAUUGUCACCGAUCCCUUACCGUUAUGAAGAUGAUGUUGGGAUGCCAGAAGGUGUUUUUUCUUGUUUACUGGAUGAUAAUAAUCUUCAGAAAUCUUCAAGAAGUUUUACAAAUUUGCCUAUCAUCCCCAGAGGUCGUCCGAGUGUAACUUUCGCACCGAUCGUUGUAUACUUUGAUAGUUCAGAUAAUUCUAAACCCAGAGUAUCUGUUGGUCCGAUUGCUCAUGAUGAGAGUGAUCUUACUCAUUUUGAGUGCGAACUGUCGGAAAAGCUAUCUCAUCAAGAGGGUUCCUUGACUCAGAGUGAAAAUAAAGAGAAUAUUGGAUCCUUUUUUGAGUCAACUGCAUUAUCUAGCGUUCAAGACUCAAAGUAUCCAUCUCCAUCGACUUCCUCGUUAUCGUUAUCAAGAAUUAAACUUCCAUGGUGUACUCCACACGAUUGCCAGUUUUUACCAUUCAAGUCAAAACGACCUCCUACUAAAAGCUUUAUACAAAGUGAUGGCCAAUUACGACGUAGUAAACGACUACGUGUACCAGCUACUCAUGAUAGAAAUAAAGUGGUUGUUUAUGAACCUGAUAAAGAUGAAUACGGUUUAGUUUAUCAAAAACCAAUUGGACUAGCUAUAUUACCUGACCCAGAUGAGAUGAAGAGGCGUCAAAAAUUUCUCAAUCGUUUAAAACAUUGUCAAAACAACCGAACUCAGUUUUUAAAGAAUGAAAGAAUUAAUCGAGCAAAACGGCUUCAAAAAUUGGCCAAACGUUACAGAUCAUUGAAAGGUGCACAAAAAUGUGAAACCGAUCCAUGUAUGCGAAUUCAAUUGGAUCCAGAUGUUGAAUGGACAUCACACACAGAAACACAGCUACCUAUCGGGACCAAUAAUGCAUCUCCUUUUCAACAGGUGAUAUAUCCAGAAAAUGCACAAUUUUCGCCAUUCAAAUUUUCUACCAUGGAAUACUCGAGUUACGUGGUUCCAGCUUUAUCUGGUGCUUUUCCAAGUAGAACUAAAACUCGUAUACCUUGUUUUGAAGUGGAUGCAAAUCUCACUAGGAUUGUAAGUAAAGAACAAGAAAGACGUCAACUUCAUUAUGAUCCAAAUGCUAUAAAUGUAUUCAAAAUGAUGUCAAGUCCUCCUGUUCUUAUGAAUAAUAAUAGUUCUUGCAGUGUUUAUGCUGUACAGAUUGCGAAAUUUGCAAUUCCUUUAACAAAACCUUGUAUUGUAUAUAUUCCAAAGGGUAUACCGUACAAAUUUUUAAAUGCAACAAAAGAGAACUUAAAUCUUUGUCGUAUAAGAUAUGUUUUAACUUGAUUCUUUUAUUUUAAAAUAAUUUUAUGUAGUUUUAUCCGCUUCAUUUCUGUCAUAGAUAUAUGCCUUUAUACCAAUUGUCAUUAUUAUUUUGAUUUUUCUUAAAUAAAUAUAUUUAAAUGUAAUGACUUAAUUUAACGUUACUAUUGCUUCAUAUUUAACUAUUUUAUUAUUUUAUGAUGAAUCAAGAUCAUUAAUUAU